ACACAUUCCACAGCCUAGGGUAAUAUCACUUCUUCACGUCUUCAGACCAGAAAAGCUCAUCUUUUCCGACCUACGCAAACCACCGUUUCCAGCCGACGCUUUUCUUCUCCAGCACAGGCAAACCAUUUUAAUCCAGGGUUUGGAUUAGUUUUGCCAAUUGGGGAAGAGAUGGCUCCAUUUCAAAAUAGAAAAAGGAAGUUGUCUGUAAAGCCGACCAUUCAGAAGAAGCAACAUAGUGUUGAUCAUAUAACAGGAGAAAAAAUUCCCAAGAGCUUUGUUUUUUCGAGGGGAAAGUUACCGGCUUCUCUUAGACAGCUGCAAAUGGACUUGAGAAAAUUGAUGCUUCCCUAUACAGCUCUCAAGCUUAGGGAAAAGAAGCGUAAUAAUCUCAAAGAUUUCUUAAAUGUUGCAGGACCUAUGGGCGUUACACAUUUCCUCAUGCUGUCAAAAACCAAAACUUCUCCUUACUUACGUGUUGCUAGGUCUCCACAGGGACCAACUCUUACAUUUAAAAUACUUGAGUAUUCAUUGGCUGCUGAUGUUGCCAAAUCUCAAUUGCGCCCAAGAUGUCCUCCGGAUCUCUUCAAAAACCCUCCCUUGAUUGUGCUCUCUGGUUUUGGGACUGGAGAACAACAUCUGAAGCUCACAACUAUUAUGUUUCAAAAUAUCUUUCCAGCCAUUGAUAUUAACACUGUCAAGCUUUCUUCUUGCCAAAGGAUUGUGCUUCUUAACUAUGACAAGGAGAAGAAACUUAUUGACUUUAGACAUUACUCAAUCCGACUGCAGCCGGUUGGUGUUUCACGUAGGAUAAGAAAAUUUGUGCAAAGCCAUCAAGUACCUAAUCUAAGCAAUCUUCAAGAUAUGAGCGACUUCGUUACCAAGGCUGGUUAUGGAUCAGAAAGUGAAGCAGAUGAUGAGGCAGCAAUGGUAAAUUUACCAACUGAUCUUGGUAGAUUAAACAGAGCCUCAACAAAAAGUGCUGUCAAGCUUCAAGAAAUUGGACCCAGGAUGACUCUCCAAUUAAUGAAGAUCGAGGAAGGAUUAUGUUCUGGUGGAGUCAUAUUUAAUGAAUUUGGAAAUAGUGCUGCUGAGAAGCAGGAUGGAAGCAAAAGUGAACCCAAACAAGAAAGUGCAGAUGAGGAUGAGGAAGAGGAAGAGGAAGAAGUAGAUGAAGAGGAGGACGAACAAGAAAUCGAGGAAGAUUGAGAAUAGCUUGUUUGUAAAUUCAGCAUCAAUGCCUUCAAAUGUUUUGAUUAGUUUCUGUAGCUCAACUAUGUUCUUAGUUCAAAUUAUGUCAAUUUCUGUGUACUAAAUUUGUUGAACCACAAGAAUGAAAAUUUACAUGACUUUCCUUGGAACACAUGGUUGACCCUAACCUGAAUUGGGUGAAAAAUGUAGGACAGAAACAGGCAUGCUUUCAGAUCUGAAGUGCAACGGAUACCCAAGAAACUGGUCCAAAACGGUUCUGGUUCUUCUAAAACAGGAUUGGAACUACACAGUUGCGGUUUCUUUUCUAUUUCUUUAUCAGAACGGUCCCUAGGAAACAAUGGGGUCUGGAUCUGGUCAGCGCUUGCUCCUAAUACAGUAAUUGGUAGUACUCUGUAAUAUUCAACGCCAAUGUGGAAUGUUGACCCUUUAUUUUAAUCUUGGUUAUAAAUAUUCAAAUUUCACUAAUUUUAACUCUAAUAAUGUUAAUUCAAAUACCUCUGAAGUCUGAAUCUCUGAUGUUUCAAAAUAGUGUAAGGUUAAUCUUUCA